GAUUCAUUAUAUUUACGUGAAGUUUGUCUAACGGCGAACAAAGGAGUUUAUAAUCUUCAAUUCUCUACAUGUCUGAAGUUAUGAACUAAGAUCCGAUUCAAAUGAACUUUUCUCUUUGGAUUCUGGAGUCUGGACAAUGCGGGAGCAUAUGAAGGAUUACCUCAGAUUCAUGAUAUUUACGUCUUCACGAAGCUAGGGGAGUUAAUAAUCCGCAUUUCUCUACAUGUCAGAGGUUAUGAACUAAGAUCCGAUUCAAAGGAAGGAGUUGAGCUUUUCUUUUCGGAUUCUGAACAAUUCGGGAGCAUAUGAAGGUACGUCUGAGAAUGAGAACCAGAUGAUGUAUCACUUGAUUUAAGCUUUAGAUUAUAGUUCAUGGAAUCGAUAUAUGUUGUUUCGGAUAUCAUUAUAUGAUGGGGAACACUUGCGCACAGCCCCGCAAUUUGGGGAAGAACGGUUUCUUAGAAUCAGUAUCAGCUGCAAUCUGGAAAACUCAGCCGCAGGAUAACAAACUUCCUUCUCCAAAUGAUGAUAGCAAAUCAAUUAAUAUUCCAGAGGAUGCUGGUGGUGGUGGUAUUCGUAGUCUACCACCUGAACCUAUUAAAAUCAACGGAGAUCUUCCACCAAAAGGUGUCGAUACUAUGAAAUCAAUCAAGCGUGAGACAACUAUGGCAAAAGAGGAGGUAGUCAAGAACACGGAUGUAGGAAAAAAGAGUGGUAAGACUCACAUGAAGCGAUUAUCAAGCAUGGGACUACAAGUUGAAUCUGUUCUCCAAAGGAAAACAGAGAAUAUGAAGGAAUUUUUUACUUUAGGUAAGAAACUAGGUCAAGGACAGUUCGGCACAACUUUUCUCUGCGUGGAGAAGGCAACCGGUAAGGAUUUUGCUUGCAAAACGAUAGCUAAAAGGAAGUUAACGACAGAGGAGGAUGUUGAAGAUGUUAGAAGGGAGAUACAGAUAAUGCAUCAUUUGGCAGGGCAUUCCAAUAUUAUAUCGAUAAUAGGUGCUUAUGAAGAUGGGGUUGCAGUAAAUUUGGUUAUGGAGUUAUGUGCAGGAGGAGAACUUUUCGAUAGGAUUAUACAAAGGGGACAUUAUACAGAGAGGAAAGCGUCUCAGCUGGCGAGGGUCAUUGUUAGUGUUGUUGAAACAUGUCAUUCGUUAGGCGUUAUGCAUAGGGAUUUAAAACCAGAGAAUUUUCUAUUUGUUAAUCAAGAAGAAGAGUCUCAGCUUAAAGCCAUUGAUUUUGGUCUCUCAAUGUUUUUUAGACCAGGUGAAACAUUCACUGAUGUGGUUGGAAGUCCUUACUAUGUAGCUCCUGAAGUUCUUCGCAAACACUACGGCCAGGAAUGUGAUGUUUGGAGUGCUGGUGUUAUCGUGUAUAUUUUGUUAAGCGGAGUUCCCCCAUUUUGGGAUGAAUCGGAGCAAGGAAUAUUUGAGCAGGUUCUAAAAGGUGAACUUGACUUCAUAUCAGAGCCAUGGCCUAGUAUAUCUGAUGGUGCAAAAGAUUUAGUAAGAAAAAUGCUUAUUAGAGACCCCAAAAAACGGUUGACUGCCCACGAAGUUCUUUGCCACCCUUGGAUUCAGGUUGAUGGAUUAGCUCCUGAUAAACCACUAGAUUCUGCUGUAUUAUCUCGGUUGAAGCAAUUCUCUGCCAUGAACAAACUGAAGAAGAUAGCCAUCAGAGUUAUUGCCGAGAGUUUGUCUGAGGAGGAAAUAGCGGGAUUAAGACAAAUGUUUAAAAUGAUAGAUACAGAUAACAGUGGACAAAUCACUCUUGAAGAACUGAAAAAAGGUUUAGAAAGAGUUGGUGCUAAAAUGAAGGAUUCAGAAAUCCACAGUCUAAUGGAAGCGGCAGAUGUUGAUAACAGUGGAACUAUUGACUACGGAGAAUUCAUAGCAGCAAUGAUCCAUUUGAACAAGAUCGAGAAGGAAGAUCAUAUGUUUGCAGCGUUCUCGUACUUUGACAAAGAUGGGAGUGGUUACAUCACACAAGACGAGCUUCAACAGGCCUGCGAUCAGUUUGGUCUCAAAGAUAUUCAUAUUGAAGAUAUCAUUCGCGAAGUUGAUCAAGAUAAUGAUGGUCGGAUUGAUUAUAACGAAUUUGUGGCCAUGAUGCAAGACUCCAAUUUUGGCAUUAAGGAUGGUUCAUAGCAAAAUGGGAGCAUGGGCUUGAUUUAGGUUACAACCGCUAAAAUUUCAAACUCUGUUUUGUUCGCAUGAGUUUCAGGUAAGGCUUAUUUUUUAAGUUUGCAUUAUUAAUAUGUAAUGCUGGUUAGUUUCAGUUAUGAGCAUUAGUAUUAG